AGUUAGUAUAGCCUUAGGCCAAACAGAGGAACACACUUUCAACUGUCAUUCCAAAAUUGUUAGGCACUUCGUGAUCUAAAAAAGCUAACCAGACGUGCGCAAGGGCGGACUAACCAGGACUAACCACACACCGUGUAUCUCGAAGAUGGCAUCCACACGCAUGAUCAGUGCUUUUACGCGCAAUCCAAGAUUAUAUCAACAGGUCACGGCACCCUGGAAAUCGUACAAUCUGUUUGGAACACCACUUUUUAACCACAGACUUCAGCCAGCGGAUUCUCAAAUCUGGAGGGGAUUAGCAGACAAGUGUGACAACAAGACUGUUAUCAAGGGCGUGGUGGUGGGCGUCUACUCCAAGGAGGGCGACGGUAAGGAGGUCAAGAUGACGUCCAGCGGCGAGAAGUUCGACGACCGAACUCAGGGCAAGGUCUCGGAGCUGUUGCGCGAAACUGGAAUCAAGGGGGAACUGGGCAAGGGUAAGGUCUUCAUGAACGUGGAUGCCGAAUUCCGGGCAGUGGCUGUGGUGGGUUUGGGCCAAGAAGGUGCCGGCUUCAAUGACCUGGAGAAUAUCGACGAGGGUAUGGAGAAUGCCCGCGUUGCCGCUGGCGUCGGAGCUCGGGCAUUGCAACUGCAGGGUUGCACGGAAGUCUUUGUGGACUCCAUGGAAUAUCCGGAGCAGGCGGCGGAGGGCAGUGCUCUGGCCAUCUGGCGUUACAAUAGCAACAAGCGCAAGCAGGAUCGCACUCAGGUACCCAAACUGGAUCUGUACGACUCACCGGAUGUGGAUGCCUGGACGAGGGGUCUCUUCAAGGCGGAAUCUCAGAACUUGGCUCGAAGAUUGAGCGAUUCGCCGGCUAAUCAGAUGACCCCCACCAUAUUCGCCCAAUCGGCGGUGGAUGCCCUGUGUCCGUGCGGCGUUUCCGUGGAGGUGCGAUCCAUGGAUUGGAUAGAAAUGAAUCAUCUCAAUUCGUUUCUAAUGAUAGCCAAAGGCAGCUGCGAGCCACCGGUGGUCCUGGAGGUCAGCUACUGCGGCACAGCACCCGAGGAUCGGCCCAUUCUGCUGUUGGGCAAGGGUUUGACCUACAACAGUGGCGGAUUGUGCCUGCGGCCAAAGGAUUGCCUGCAUAUGUACCGCGGCUGCAUGGCGGGAGCAGCCGUUUGUGUGGCCGCCGUUCGAGCUGCGGCAGCCCUUUCCCUGCCUGUAAACAUCACGGCCGUACUGCCGCUCUGCGAGAAUAUGCCAUCGGGAAUGGCUGUAAAGCCGGGUGAUGUGGUCACCCUGCUCAAUGGCAAGACGAUGGGUAUUGUGGAUGUGAGCAAAGCUGGAACGGUGGUAUUGGCUGAUCCCCUGCUCUUUGCCCAGACGACGUACAAGCCUCGUCUGGUGGUGGACUUGGCCACCGUUGGCUAUGGCGUCUGUGCUGGCCUUGGAGAAUCGGCUGCCGGAUUGUUUACCAAUUCCAAUUUCAUAGCCAAGCAGUUCGAGAAGGCUGGCGGCCUGACUGGAGAUCGUUUAUGGAGGCUGCCCUUGUGGCGCUACUUCAAGCAGCUGGUAACCCCGAAUCUCACCUUCGACAUCAGCAAUAGGGGCAUUGGUCCCGCCUCCAGUUGCAUUGCUGCCGCCGUGCUGCACGAACUGGUUCCAUGCGCGGAUUGGGCCCACAUUGAUAUCCGGAAUGUGGGCAUGCUGACACGCCACAAUCCGCUGCCGUAUCUGCUCAAGGAUCGGAUGACCGGCCGACCCACCCGCACCAUCGUACAGUUCCUGUAUCAGAUGGCCUGUCCGGAAAGCAAGUAGUCUCCGGAUCUGGAUCGUCCGCACCUGUGGCGCUAGUUACCACCAUUGCUCGUUCUAUUUUACAUUUGUUACGUGUCCCGUUUUUGGUGUUUGUUCUUUUCACAAUAUUGUCUCCAUGUCCAAAUUUUUGGUUUAGUGUUCCGUGAGCAGCUGGGUAACGACACAUUGAAGACAGUUUUACGGACAAAUGGACCAGCUCAGUUAUUAAUGGUGGAAGCAGUUCGACUGGCUUCUAUGGAUCGUCUCCCAGCUGCACAAAAUUAAAUGAUUUUAAAGUGC